AUGUUUUCAACUGUCCUUCCAGAAGGACGUCAGGGUAAUAUGUUGUCAUUUUGUAUUCACAGAAAACGAUGUACACUGAUGGAACUUUUGGACAUGUUAGAAUCAAAAGAUGAGGAAAUACCCAAUACUGGUGUCAAUGUAACAUUACGCCCUCCUCUAAAUUCAACUGAUGAUGUAACAGAUGAAGAUUCUGGUGCUGAAGAAAAUCCAAGUGUAGAUAAAUUACCAGCAAGUCAGCUCAAUGCUACUGCGCUUUGUGAUUUGGCCAUUUUUACCAAUGGUAAUGCUGUGAAUGCAACAAGGAAACAAUCCUUCACCUCUGAUGUUCCAGGACCCUCCAGCAGUACAAAAACAGCAACAAUAACAACAACAACCGCAAACAAACCAGCAAGGCUAUCGAAGAAUGAAGUUCAAAACCUCAAGAAAUAUAACUGGAGAAGUGGUGAAAUUGUUAAUCCAACACCUGUAUGGUCUCUAAUGUUCACAGUUGGAAUGAAGAAAGGGCGAACACCGCUUGAAUAUUUCCAACACUUUUUUGAUAAUGAAGUGCUUCUAAUGAUGGUCACAUACACAAAUCAGUACGCAGCCAAGAGAAAUAGACUAGGUGAUUGUUCAGAAAAUGAGAUGUUGGUGUUUAUUGCAAUACUUCUCCUAAGGGGAUAUGUAACAGUGUCACACAGAAAGAUGUACUGGCAAUCAGAUGAAGACAGUCACAACGACCUCGUAACAAAUGCCAUGUCCAGAGAUCGAUUUGACUUCAUCUUUUCCAAUUUGCAUGUAUGCAACAGUGAUAAUUUAGAUAAAUCAGACCGUUUUGGAAAAUCCGCCCAUUACUGUGUAUGCUGA